CAAGUGCGUACAGCUCCUGCUCAGUUUUUUAGUUUUUUAUUCAGGCCCUCCUGCAGGUCUCGUUCCUCAACUUUGUCAUUAGAUAUUUUUUUUCAAAUUGAAAAUGAAGUACGUGGUGGCGGUACUUUUGAUCGUGGCUCUUGCUGCCGCUCAGGAUAAAGAGGAGGAGAGACCCAAGACCUACAGGAGGCUCAUCCCCGCGGAUGUUCUUCGCGACUUUCCCGGCAUGUGUUUUGCAUCAACAAAAUGUGCGACAGUAGAGCCAGGUAAAACUUGGGAGUUGUCACCCUUCUGCGGUCGUUCAACAUGUGUACCAGCUGACGACAAUUCUGGCCGUCUGUUUGAACUUGUCGAGGACUGUGGACCACUGCCCAAAGAAAAUCCCAAAUGCAAACUAUCCGAGAAAACGAAGAAAACCGAGCCCUUCCCCGCCUGCUGUCCAAUCUUCGAUUGCGAGGACGGUGCAAAACUCGAGUACCCAGAGAUCCCAACAAUUCCACCCCCAGAACUUAUCGAGGAAUCCAAACCCAGUGAGACAACCACUGCCAAGGCAUAAACUCACACACACCUCCGAGUGAAGAAAAAAAAGCAAAAUAAAUCCGUAAAAAAAAACAGGGAGAUAAAAAAUAACGGCAAAUUUAUCCGAGGCACAUUUGACCUCCAACGUGACUCGAUUUGUUCCUCGAAAAAUAAAUUGGCAUCUCGACCUGGUUACACCGGUGGCAUGUAAAUAAACAAGAAAAUUCCCAACACGUACUCAUUCACCGUUAAAACUUUGAAAUUCGUCUUAUUCAUUCGAUUAUUUGUGAAUAAUAUUUUUUACGAGUAAAUCGUGCACCCCAACUUUUCUACACUAUUUUUUACGAAAAAAAAAAUUAAAUAAAACUGUCCGAAGUCUUGAAAGAAUGAAGAGACUUAGCGUUACAACAUGACACGAAAUUGAUGGAUAAAAAUGUGUGAUUGUGAUUAUACGAUUAAAUUAAUAAUAAUUAUUUAAUACUAA